AUGCCAAUCCUGAGGAGCAGCUUGGGGUCCCCCGACCACACUAUAGCGCACGAGCUUUCUGGCAUGCACGAAACGAUAUUUUCCAGCGAAAUCCUGCCUUCCGACCUGAACUCGACGGACGCCGUCGUGAAGAGCGGGCACCGGGACCCCCUGUACCUCAGCGCCGCCCACAUUUUUCAAAGCGUCCGUAACGAAAAACCUCACGAUAAAAUCCUGGUGAAAUACGGAACCGGGCCGUUGCCAUCCCUUCCGGAUUUCAAAGACGAGGAAUUCCAGCGUUUGUCCUACGAGCUGGCGUUCAGCGCUCUGAAAUAUCAAGAUGUGCUGGAAUAUAUGUUGAUUGACAGCGGCGUUUACCCACUGCAGUCAAUAUCAGAUGACCUGACCAGCUUAGUGGUGGUGGUGCUCUACGACCUUCAGGACCGGAAGUUUGAAGCUCGCUCGGUUCCCGAGGACGAAGAAAGCAUAGCAGAAGUUCAAGAAGUGGAGCGUUAUCUAUGCAGUUUUAAGACCAAGCUCGCCGCCGCCCUAGCCCGAUGCCGAAUCAAGCACGAUGCUCUAACCAUUGAGCAUAUCCUGCCAGAAACAAUUCGGAGACAAGAGCAGAGGGCUUCAAACCUGCCACUGUACGCCUGGGUGAACACCUUGAAAGUCAGUCUUGAAGAAGUCCAUAGCUUCUUACAGAAGGAAGGCUUCACGAAAGUAGACUCCAUUUCGGAUUUUGAUGGUUACACCUAUUGCCCGGAUAAGCACUGUGACGAUGGGCUCGUUUUCCCGUCUUCUCUUAAAGAAAAACUCCUGAUCUCGGAACUGUACACCGAUCACAAACUCCUGUUGCAAGAUAACUCCCGGAGUCUGGCGGUACAUUCGGUGAAAGCCCUGCUGAAUAUGGACGAUGACGUUUUAAUUGCCCAAAUGGGGUCCUGGCUCACUGUGGCCCACAUGUCGGUGCUGACCAAUCAGGACACUUCCCGGGUAUUCGUAUGCGGAGUAAAAUCUGCGGCUAGAGAAGCUGAAUUGAAGGAUCUCUUUGCACGUAUGGAGUGUAAAAAUGUCGAGCUGCUCCACGAGGACUUUGCCAACGUUGAGCCCGCUUGCGCCAAGCUGCAGAAAGUGAAAGUGGUCCUGCUCCUGCCUCGCUGUUCCGGCCUGGGGGUCAGCAAUCCCAUCGAAUUUAUUUUGGAGGAGCACGAAGAUGCAGAGUUACUCAGAGACCUCUCUCAAGGGUCGGUCGCCGAAGACAAACUAAGCACCCUUGCUCAACAGCAGCUGAAAGAGCUGACCCACGCGAUGCAGUUUGCUAAAGUACAAGCUCUGGUCUACUGCACCUGCUCGGUGUACCCGGAGGAAAACGAAGCGGUGGUGAACAAAGCCUUGGCAUCUGGAGCGGAAGGAGCGAAGGCCCAGCCGUACAAGCUUUGCCCGCCAGUUCUUCCUUUGUGUUCUAAAUUGGAAGUCAACACCUCUGAACAGAACUUCUUUCAUCUGGAGCCCUCCGAUAUUUCAAACAGCUGCUUUAUUGCCGUCUUAAGCCGAGAGCGAGAUCCAUCCGAAUCCGUGUCGGUGAAAGACGUUUUGGCCCGCGCCGCAGCCAAAGGCCUGCUGGACGGGAUCGAUCUGGCAAAGCCGUCCAAGAGAGAAGAGAAGAAGAAGAAGAAGCACAGGGCCGCCCAGUCCAAGAAUCCGAUCAAAGAGGCCGUCAUGCAGUCUCGGAUUCAGGAGUUCCUGGAACGAGAGAUGAAAUCUGGAACGACGGAGACCGGCUCUGCCGUGCCAAGCGUGGCUGCCAGUAACUCGCAGGUGAUGGGCCAAACCAACGAGCCCGUCGCCUUGAAGAAAGCCAAUAACCCUCUUUCCAAUUCAUCUCUGCCCGCGAUGGCGAAGAAUAACCUCACCUCCGCCACCUCCACCCUGCAAAGAGUGUUGGAGAAACAGCGCAACGCCGCCAAGUCCAAGAACGACGAUCGCGUCAUGAUUUUGAAGCCGGUCGAGAUAGUUCUGCCCCCGGUGAUGAUGCCGUAUUUCAACCCUCAAGGGAACAGGGCCCAGAUUUCAACCAAUCACUGUUACUAUCGUUGGAUUGGGGCAAAACACGGGACCCUGAGCCCUUCGGCCUCCAAAAGACUGAUUAAGUCGAAAGAGCCUUCCCCGUCUACGAUGACCAAGCAGUCCCGUCCGUGGCUUUGAAGUGGGCGCCAUCUUGGUUUCUAAC